CGGCAUCAAAUGACUGAUAACGAGACUCACAACGACGAUGAUUUGGCCCCUUCCACCACUGCUGGUUACAAGGUCGGUGAAAAAAAGACUUUAGAAGAGUUGGCUCAGUUGGAUGCCGAGGAUGAAUCACUCAAAAAAUGGAAAGAGUCGCUUGGUGUCGGUGCUUCUAAAUCAUUGCCACCUGGAACGGAUCCAAGAAAAGUAAUUGUUCUUGCAUUGGCACUCGAAGUCGAGGGUCGUCCAGAUGUUUCCAUUGAUCUAUCAACUCCUGAGGCAAUCAAGGCUCUUGAAACCAAUGUUCUUACAAUCAAAGAAGGUGUCGAGUAUCGCCUCAAAGUGACUUUCAAAAUUCAACACGAUGUUGUUUCUGGUCUGAAAUAUCUCCAUGUUGUCAAGCGUGGCCCUCUUCGAGUGGACAAGACUGAAGAAAUGGUUGGCUCAUAUGGCCCAUCUGCUGAGCCCUAUACCAAAAAGUUUACACUGGAAGAGGCUCCAAGUGGCAUGCUUGCACGCGGCCAGUAUACUGUCCGAAGCCGAUUUGUGGAUGAUGACAAUCAGGCUCAUCUUGAAUGGACCUGGACCUUUUCGAUCAAGAAAGACUGGGAUUAGUAUUGUUUUGCGCUGUCCACCUCACAUUCUACUCUAAGAUACGGCUGUUUUUGGCCGCCUUCACUUUACCCUCCUAUGAUCCCUUAUUGAGAAACUCGGCCUUCUCGAAUGAUAUUAACGUUGGACCAGUUUU